AUGGCUACAUCAGAUAAAAUUAAAGGAAUUUUUUAUUGCGAAUUCCAUCCGACACAAGGACCGAUCAUAGCCUAUCAGAUUCCUGAAGAUCUCAUCAACAAAGGAACUUUUGAUGCACUUCACAUUUACAUUAUUCCAAAAAAGGAACUCCAUGACAGCGAUAUCACAGUAAAUGCUCUUGGUCACAAAAUCCUUGGUUACCCAGUACGUAUUCCAGGUCGAAAGUAUGCUCGCAAUGCACUCAUGUUUAAUCUCUGCUUUGUCUUUGACCAACAAGCAUGCACAACAGAUUAUGAACCCGUUGUCAAGAAACUUGCUUCCUACCUGACACAACUUGAGCUGGAAAGCGGUUAUUUGUCCAAUGAGCAAUCAAGGCAACAAAUUCCAAAACUAAUGCAGGAUGUUCUGAAAACUCUCAACAAAUAUGGAAUGUGUCAUGUACCAAUGAGCAAAUCAACUACAAUUCAUUUAAAGGUCAGCUCACAAAUUGCUAUGCCCCCAGCAGUGGCUGACCAUGAUGUUCCUAUUUUAGUAAAAGAUUCAGGUUCUAUUUCUGAAUGGGAUCUCACCACAAAACAGAUCCUGCCAUAUUUGGAUGGAUUCAACCAUGUUGCAUUCAUUGCUGCAGAAGCAGAUGUUGAGAUUAAUCUUGUAAAAGCCUGUCUCCAGAAUCUUCAACAUUAUGGUGUCAUUAAGCUCAUCUCAAUAUUUCAGUAUUCAAAUGUCCAUGCAACAACACCCAAAAUAUAUCAACUGGCUGAAGACAAAGAUUUACAGGAUGAAUGCGUCAAAUAUGUGCGAAGACAAGGUCACUCACUUCCAGAUUUUAAGGAUAUUUUUCAUCUCUACUGUGAAAUGAACCCAGGCACAACUGUCCGUGAUAUCUGCUGCCAGUUUAAUCCCAGGGGAUUAAGAAUUGAUGAAAGGAAGCUUAUCCAGUUUGGCUUGAUCAAGGGUCUCAUCCGUCGCAUCCAUCGUUACCCUGUCAAAAUUCAGAACCAAAAUGUUCCCUGCCGGUUACAACCCCUUUAUGCCUACUUCAAUGGGCUUCACAGCUUCAAUGAAAUCUGUGGCCGAACAGGUAUGAGUCACAACGAGUUGGAUGAAAUAGUCGAGGAUGAUCCAAAUUUGGUGAUUUACUUCAAGUAA